ACGACUCUCAGCUGUUUGACAGUUUCCGGAAUUUCGGAAGGUUAAUUUUUGUUGGGAAAAAUGGCUGAGCAGUGCGAUAUUGAUGCAAAAACAAGGGAAAGGCUGCUGGAUCGGCAGAAAUUUCGCAUGACGAUGCGAGAGGAGUUCAUCAAGCAGCUGACCAACCCACAUAGAGUCCAAGGAGGAGGCACUGUGUUUGACCAGGGUCUCCAGAGAUUCCAGGCAGCUAGAGUCACCCAGUACGAUCACUUCAAGCCCAAUUUCAAGACAGCACGCAAGGGAUUCUUCGUGGUUCUCUUCCCAAUUGUCGCGUAUGCCUACAUGCUCAAAAAGGAGAGAUCCGGAAGGGAGCAUUUGUAUCGCACUGGCCAGGUAUCCUACCGUGAUCGCAAAUUCAAAUUCAUCUAAUCAGACCCUUGUAAAAUAGCAAAUUUGAGAUGAAUAAAUGUUAGACUUUAUUUUUCCUCAA